CUUCUCCAAGGCUCCCCUCGGUUGGGGGUCUAGCGCGCUGCUCCGCUAUUCCCGCCUCUCCCGAGGCUCGCGCCCUCGGGGUAAGUAUCUCGCGCUUUGCGGAGAGGGAGGAAGAGCGUCCACUGAAGGAAGGGAGGAGGCGGACAGGGCUUGGAAAAAGGGAAAAACCGCCCUCGCCGAGCGAGGAGCGCGGUCAACGGGCUGGAGUCUGCAGAAGGCACGCCUCCAUCCCUCACGCCCCUCGGGGCUGCGGAAGUACUCUGGAGACUCCAGAGGCACGGAGGCGACAGGUGGACUACCAUUCCCAGAAGGCGGCGCGGCCCCGCGCCUACAGCUCCCGGCAGCACCUGCGCACCAGGCCUUUUUCAGCUUGCUGCCGCCUAGGGCGAAACUACAGUUCCCAGGAGGCGUCGCGCGAAGCGGCUUGGAAGUGGGCAGCCUGGAAGUCACUCGGGCCACAAGAGCUGGCGGCGUCUCCAGCAAGCGGCGCGGAUCUGGAUACCGUGGUCGUGGGGCCCGCUGGGCGGGCAGCCGGGACGCCCAGGGACCCUUGGCAAAACAGCCCUCUUUGGGAACUCGCCUGUUCGCAGAGACCAGCCAUCUCUCGGGGAACUCCGGUGGCUGGCGUGUGUUGUUCUUGCGGCUGUUGAGUAAGUCGCUGUUAGAAGCUGGCACGGCAGGUUCCCGCUUCCGCAUUCCAGACACCCACAGCGGGCUGCGGGGAGGCACCACCCACCCGACGGGGAGGGCGAGGGCGGGGCGGCCUGCUGAGCGCAGGCAGGUGGCCUUGACCUGGACGGGACUGGAGCCGAGAGCCUGGAGCUCCCCUCAUAGUCACCUGCCUACUUUGUGAUCCAGGCUGUGCUCGGGACAUCUUUCAGAUGCACAGUCUUUGACCUCGGCUCUCCUGGGACCCUCAAGGAGCACUAGUGUCCAGAACAUACUAAGCAUGGCAGGGAAGGCGCCCCUGCAGCCUGCCAGCCCUCGUGCACACCUGCUGCUUGCUCUGCCCCGCUGAGCCACUCAGUCUGGAGGCCCCGGGACAGCGCCUGCCUCGUGAGGUUGUCCUGGCUCACUUGUCCACAGCGAUGGUGGAGAACUGGACUGCACAGGCUCACAACCUUCCCGACAGGCUUCAGGGGCCAGAAUCCUUCAUCCUGGGACUGGUGGCCCUGAACAAUGGCUGAGGGCCAGGGGACCCCAUAAAGUUCGUCUGCAGCUUUCAGGGGCCAGUAGCACCCCAGUGCCCGGGAAUAUGACCACCUAUCGGCCCAUUCCCAAUGAUGCUGUGGACCUGGCGGUCAGCUGUGGGACCAGGGCAGCCGAUGUCCUCCCCGGCCCGCACACAGGGGACUACGCUCCCAUGGGAUUCUGGGUCCAGAACGGCAGCAUGCCCCAGCCUGUGGGUGAGAGCCCGGCCAGUGCCACCACCCGCCCCAGUCCCACCACCCCCGCGGUGCCCAAGAUGGGCGUGCGGGCAAGAGUGGCCGACUGGCCACCCAAGCGGGAGGCCCUGAGAGAACAGAACAACCCCAGCCCCUCACAGGACACAGAUGGCACAAAGGCCACAAAGGUGGCCCACUCCAUGAGAAGCGUACAGAACGGACAGCCCCCCGCCAGCACCCCGGCUUCCUCAGGGUCCAAAGCCUUGCACCGACUCUCCAGGAGAAGGUCUAAGGAUGUGGAGUUCCAGGACGGGUGGCCCCGGUCCCCCGGCAGGGCCUUCCUCCCGCUGCGGCACCGCAGCAGCAGCGAGAUCACCCUCAGCGAGUGCGACCUGGAGGACGCGGUGGAGCCCCGGGGCGCCCGGCACACGGGGGCACUGCCGCUCUUCCGCGAGUAUGGGAGUACGUCCUCCAUCGACGUGCAGGGCGUGCCCGAGCAGAGCUUCUUCGACAUCCUCAAUGAGUUCCGCAGCGAGCAGCCCGAGGCCCGGGGCGCCCCGAGCUUCACUGAGCUCCUGCGGGCCGAUCCCGGCCCACACGUCGCGGGGGGCGGCGGUGGAGCCAAGGGGGACGCCCGCAACGGGCAGCCCGCCAAGGACGGCCUGCUGCCACUGCAGCCCAUGAAGGAGAAGGAGAAGGCCCGGAAGAAGCCCGCGCGGGGCCUGGGCGGCGGGGACGCGGUGGACUCGUCCAUCUUCCGGAAGCUGCGGAGCAGUAAAGCCGAGGGCGAAGCGUCCCGGUGCCCCGGGGAGGCCGAGGACGGCCGGAGCCCCCCGGAGGCCAGCAGGCCGUGGGUCUGCCAGAAGAGCUUUGCCCAUUUCGACGUGCAGAGCAUGCUGUUCGACCUCAACGAGGCGGCCGCCAACCGGGCGUCCACGGCCCAGCGGCGGAACACGACCACCGGGGCCUCGGCCGCCUCGGCCAUGGCGUCCCUCACGGCGUCGCGGGCCCACAGCCUCGGCGGCCUGGACCCCGCCUUCACCAGCACGGAGGACUUGAACUGCAAGGAGAACCUGGAGCAGGACCUCGGCGACGACAACAGCAACGACCUGCUGCUCAGCUGCCCGCACUUCCGCAACGAGAUGGGCGGUGAGUGCGAGCGCAACGUGAGCUUCUCCUGGGCGGCCGCGGGCUCCACGGGCGGCAGCGGUGGGAGCGGCGGAGAGGGCCGCCCGCCGGAGCCCGCCCUGAGCGCCUACCGCACCAACGCCAGCAUCUCGGUGCUGGAGGUGCCCAAGGAACAGCAGAGGACGCAGAGUCGCCCGCGGCAGUACAGCAUCGAGCACGUGGACCUGGGCGCCCGCUACUACCAGGACUACUUCGUGGGCAAAGAGCAUGCCAAUUACUUUGGCGUGGACGAGAAGCUGGGACCAGUGGCCGUGAGCAUCAAGCGGGAGAAGCUGGAGGACCACAAGGACCACGGGCCUCAGUACCAGUACAGGAUCAUCUUCCGGACCCGCGAGCUCACCACCCUGCGUGGCUCCAUCCUGGAGGACGCCACACCCACAGCCAUGAAGCAUGGGACAGGGCGGGGACUGCCCCUGAAGGACGCCCUGGAGUAUGUCAUCCCCGAGCUCAACAUCCACUGCCUGCGGCUGGCUCUCAACACUCCCAAGGUGACGGAGCAGCUGCUGAAGCUCGACGAGCAAGGGCUCUGCCGGAAACACAAAGUGGGCAUCCUCUACUGCAAGGCCGGCCAGAGCUCGGAGGAGGAGAUGUACAACAACGAGGAGGCCGGGCCGGCCUUUGAGGAGUUCCUCUCCCUCAUCGGAGAGAAGGUCUGCCUGAAGGGCUUCACCAAGUACGCCGCCCAGCUGGACGUCAAGACUGACUCCACGGGAACCCACUCCCUCUACACGACGUACCAGGACUAUGAGAUCAUGUUCCACGUCUCCACUCUGCUCCCUUAUACCCCCAACAACAGGCAGCAGCUACUAAGGAAGAGGCACAUAGGAAACGACAUCGUGACGAUCAUCUUCCAGGAGCCUGGGGCGCUGCCUUUCACCCCCAAGAACAUCCGCUCCCACUUCCAGCAUGUCUUCAUCAUCGUCCGGGUCCACAAGCCCUGCACUGACAGCGUCUGCUACAGUAUGGCUGUGACCCGAUCCAAAGACGCUCCUCCUUUCGGACCCCCCAUCCCCAGUGGAACCACAUUCCGCAAAUCUGAUGUCUUCAGAGACUUCUUGCUGGCCAAGGUGAUUAAUGCUGAGAAUGCCGCGCACAAGUCCGACAAGUUCCACACCAUGGCCACCAGGACCCGCCAGGAGUACCUCAAGGACCUGGCUGAAAACUGUGUCUCCAACACACCCAUUGACUCCACCGGCAAGUUCAACCUCAUCUCCCUGACCUCCAAGAAGAAGGAGAAGACAAAAGCCCGGGCAGGCGCUGAGCAGCACAGCGCCGGGGCCAUCGCCUGGAGGGUGGCGGCUGAGGACUUCGCCCAGGGGGUAGAAAUCGACUGCAUUUUGGGAAUUUCCAACGAGUUUGUGGUGCUCCUGGAUCUACGCACCAAGGAGGUGGUGUUCAACUGCUACUGCGGGGAUGUCAUCGGCUGGACCCCAGACUCCUCGACGCUCAAAAUCUUCUACGGGCGAGGGGACCACAUCUUCCUAAAGGCCUCUGAGGGUUCUGUGGAGGACAUAAGGGAAAUUGUCCAGAGGCUGAAGGUGAUGACCAAUGGCUGGGAGACGGUGGACAUGACCCUGCGGCGGAACGGGCUCGGGCAGCUGGGCUUCCACGUGAAGUACGACGGGACCGUGGCCGAGGUGGAGGACUACGGGUUUGCCUGGCAGGCCGGCCUCCGGCAGGGCAGCCGCCUGGUGGAGAUCUGCAAGGUGGCCGUGGUCACGCUGACCCACGACCAGAUGAUCGACCUGCUGCGCACCUCCGUCACCGUCAAGGUGGUCAUCAUCCCGCCUUUCGACGACGGCACACCCCGGAGGGGGUGGCCAGAGACCUAUGACAUGAAUACCUCGGAGUCCAAGACGGAGCUGGAGAGCCUGGUCGCGGGGGGCCGGCCCCCCUAUCGCAGCAAUGCUCCCUGGCAGUGGAGCGGGCCCGCGUCCCACAACUCUCUCCCUGCCUCCAAGUGGGCCGCUCCCGCCACCCCCGGGCACGCCCAGUCCCUGAGCCGGCCCCCGAAGCAGACCCCCAUGGUCCCCUUCCGGGAGUCCCAGCCCCUGCACAGCAAGAGGCCCGUCAGCUUCCCAGAAACCCCUUACACAGCAUCACCAGCAGGGGUCGACAAAGUCCCUCCUUACCGACAGCCUUCUGGGAGCUUCUCCACCCCCGGCUCGGCCACCUACGCAAGAUACAAGCCAUCCCCAGAAAGGUACACAGCCGCCCCACACCCACUGCUGUCUUUUGAUCCCCACUUCAGCCACGAUGGGACGUCCAGCGGCGAGUCCUCCUCAGGCGGCCUGACCAGCCAGGAGAGCACCAUGGAGCGGCAGAAGCCAGAGCCUUUGUGGCAUGUGCCCGCCCAGGCCCGGCUCUCGGCCAUGGCUGGAAGCAGCGGGAGCAAGCACGCCUCCAGGCAGGACACAGCAGGCAAAGAUUCCCCCAACAGGCAUUCCAAGGGAGAGCCUCAGUACUCCAGCCAUUCCAGCAGCAAUACCCUCUCCAGCAACGCGUCCAGCAGCCACAGCGACGAUCGCUGGUUUGACCCCCUGGACCCACUGGAGCCAGAGCAAGACCCUCUCUCCAAGGGAGGCUCCAGUGACAGUGGCAUUGACACCACCCUCUACACCUCUAGCCCCAGCUGCUUGUCCCUGGCCAAGACAUCUCGGCCGGCCAAGCCACACAAGCCCCCGGGAAGUGUGGGCCUCUGUGGGGGCGGGCGCGAGGCUGCCGGGCGGUCCCACCAUACAGACCGGCGUCGGGAGGUCUCGCCCGCCCCUGGGGUCACUGGCCAGAACAAGGGCUACCGACCGAAGCUGUACUCCUCAGGCUCCAGCACCCCUACAGGCCUGGCUGGGGGCAGCCGCGACCCACCGAGGCAGUCCAGCGACAUGAGCUCGAGGGCCGGCUACCCUACUCAGGUUCACAAGACGGCCAGCGCAGAGACCCCGCGGCCCUCACAGCUGGCCCAGCCCAGCGCCUUCCAGCUCUCCGCCUCCGUCCCCAAGUCCUUCUUCUCCAAGCAGCCCAUGCGCAACAAGCACCCAACGGGGUGGAAGAGAACAGACGAGCCCCCGCCACGGCCGCUCCCCUUCACUGACCCAAAGAAGCAGGUGGACAGCAACACCAAAAACGUCUUUGGGCAGCCGCGGUUGAGGGCCUCCCUCCGAGACCUCCGCUCUCCCCGGAAGAACUACAAGUCCACCAUCGAGGACGACCUGAAGAAACUCAUCAUCAUGGACAACCUGGCACCUGAGCAGGAGAGAGACGCCAGACAGUCGCCACAGAAGAGCCUGCAGCGGACGCUGUCGGACGAGAGCCUGUGCAGCGGGCGUCGGGAGCCCAGCUUUGCCAACCCUGCCGGCCUGGAGCCGGGCCUGCCCAGCGACGUGCUCUUCACCAGCACCUGCGCCUUCCCCUCCAGCACGCUGCCCGCCCGCCGCCAGCACCAGCACGCCCACCCGCCCGGCGGCCCCAGCACCAUCCCUGCCACCGGCAACGGCUUCCCGGAGAAGAAAUCCACCAUCUCAGCCUCCGAGCUCUCACUGGCCGAUGGGCGGGACCGGCCCCUGCGGCGCCUGGACCCAGGGAUGAUGCCGCUGCCCGACACGGCUGCUGGCCUUGAGUGGUCCAGCCUCGUAAACGCAGCCAAGGCAUACGAAGUGCAAAGAGCCGUCUCGCUCUUCUCUCUCAACGACCCAGCUCUGAGCCCGGACAUCCCGCCAGCGCACAGUCCUGUCCACAGCCACCUGAGCCUGGAGAGGGGGCCCCCGACCCCCAGGACUACCCCUACCAUGAGUGAGGGGCCACCGCUGGAUCUGACGGGCAAGGUGUACCAACUGGAGGUGAUGCUGAAACAGCUGCACACGGACCUCCAGAAGGAGAAGCAGGACAAGGCCGUGCUGCAGUCGGAGGUGGCCAGCCUGAGGCAGAACAACCAGCGGUUGCAGGAGGAGUCCCAGGCCGCCAGCGAGCAGCUACGCAAGUUCGCCGAGAUCUUCUGCAGGGAAAAGAAGGAACUCUGAGGUGGAGAGGCGGCCACCUCCACCCCUCCGCCUGGGCAGACCUGGGGCUCCUGCUCUCCUGUCCUUCAGCCCGGCUUCUGGCUGCAGGCGUGACCGAGCUAUGCAGCCAGGGCCCCCCCCGCCCUUCCGUGGACACGGACACUCGGGGUGGCAGUGGGACCUGAGGGAGGCCUCACCAGGCUGUGAGCUGGGGUCCGCUCCUGGCCCUCGAGCCCCAGAGGGUGACGUGGUCUCCGGCCUCCCUCUGAGCCGCCACCUGAGGUUCCUGGGGGCUGGGCCACGCCCACACUGCCCUCAGGGUCCCAUCGUGCCAUCCGCAUCCAGCCUCUUCCUAGGACCAAGCCAUUGGAAGCUGUAGGAAGGGGGUGGAGGGCAGGAGUGAGUCUCCAAACCCCACAGCUCCAGGAAUCCCCAGACCGGGUUUCUUCACCACGUACAGCAGCGUCUGGGCUUAUGGGGCCAAGACCCCUGCCUGAGAAAUCACGGUGGGAAACCAGCCCGCUCUCCCUCACGCCCGGAGAGGUGCGGGCCGGCGUGGAAGCGGGCCAGGGCUCUUGGUUCCUGGUGCACUGGCUCCAGAAAGCAUGGACAUUGACCCCUCCCUACCCUGUCCUCCAAAAAGCAACCAGGAGCACUUUCUUAGAGUUUGACUUAUUUUCUUGGGGGGUCCCAGGGUGGAGCGAGGAAACCCCAGCAUCCAGAGUUAACUUCUUUGAGGGGGAAGGUAUUUGCACGCUCGGGACCAUUUCUCCAGUCUUUGUCUACCAGUCCCUUGACUGCCAGAGGCCACGGCACCUGGGCCCCUCCGCCUGCUAGCUGCUGACCCGGCCAGGCCCAGCGGCGGAGCUGGCACGGCCCACCCCUCCUCCUCCCCGGCUCCGUCAGCCCCGGCCCCUCCCGGGCACCAGGAGGGGCUCCACGGAGCCGUCAGGUCCGGGCCGGAGGGAGGCAGCCUCCCUCUCCUCUCCGCUUUUGUUUCCCUUUGCAAAGCCCCUCGGCCCAUCCCGUAGGCCCCGCAGUAGCAGCAGCAACGUCGGACACCGACACCGUCACUGUGCUCCCCGGGGAGCGCCUUGCUGUGCGAACCCCACAAGACGCUGGUUCUCUCAAGGCAACAAGGGGCAGCUUGCCAGGCAGCGAAGCCGGUGUGGUACUACGCUGUUCACCCAGGAAACAGUUUCUUUUUCUCCUUUAAAAACAAACAAACAAAAAAAAAUAUAUAUAUAUAUAUUUAUUUUUUCAUGUGGAGUUGCGCCAGAACAAGUCUGUACGGCCACAGUCUGUGGAUUCCCCCAACCUCAAGCUGAGGAUCGAGGCGCAUCCCCCGUGGGCUGGGGACGGAGGCAGGGUGGGCAGACAGGCCGGGGGGCCCAGCUGAGAGCAGCACGCUCCGGCCGGGGGCCAGCACCCGGAGGGCCAGCCCCGUCCGGAGACCCCGCCGCCUCCUCUCUGGGGCCAGAAACCUCAGGGAAGGAGGCUCUGGGGACCGACCACACGGGACACGGACGUUGAAGGAGCAAGAGAAAAGGACCCUCGUCGCGCCUCCCUGCCAUCACCCUCUGGCGGCACUGCAGCCCCGCGAGAAAGGCCCUCAGGUCUGCCAUCUCCUCUCCCUCACCUGUGGUUUGCGAGGGGGGCCUGCCGGGUCCUCAGCCCUGGCCAACUACUGUGAUGUCUCUGCCCCUCUUCCCGGGUCCCUUUUGGGAAGGGUUCUCCAGGACCACUUAACCACCCCACACCCUUUCCUCAGACCUUAACCUGGGGCUCACCCCUCCCCCACCCGUUUCUGUUUGUUUGUUUGUUUUUUUAAGUUGUCUCCUCAUAUCUUCAGAUCAUUUGAAUCAUUUUGGGGACCUAAUCAUGUACAUCGACAAGUGUAAAUUAUGAUUUUGGGUUUUGUUGUCUGUUAUUUCUAAAGGAUCUCUGCAAAGCACAUCUAUUUAAUUUGAGUUUGGUGUUCUAUCUGAUGGCUGAAGAUAGCAGCAGGGUUUUCUUCUUUUUUUUUUUUUUUUCAUAUGUUGAUUUGUUUCAUUUGGAUUUUUUUAUUCUUUAUUAUCUCCCCCCACCCCCCAGCCCCAUCCCCGUCUUGAGAUUUUCUGGCAUGUUUCUGGAGGUUUUAAAGGAAAUAAAUGUUUCAUAGAAGUG